GACUCAAAUUAAUUUGCUGUCAAACCAACGGGGAAGGGUCACUGCCCCGUGGCUCAGAACCAAUACGAUGAGGUCUAUGCGAAGAUCAGGAGGACUAUCAGCCUUACACAUAAUGUGCUGGGUGAUAUAAGAAUAGACAGUGGAAAACUACCACAAUUGACUCCGGGCUUAUCUUGUGAACUAAUAGUCUCUGUUUCGGUUUUUUUCAGUACAGAUCACUUUGGAGCCACUUAAAUCAUAAACUAUCAUCGCUCGGUUGAACGCUAUACCUCUUCCUUUACUUUAACGCCAAAAGAUCUUUUUAAACGACCUCAGGAUGGCUUCAACAAAAGCUCAAACAAAGCAUCCCCCCGUUAUCCAGAAGCUCGAACGCUUAGGAGACCGCUCGUGGAGGAGAGAUUCGCUGCUAUACUCCCUGACCUCCUUCCUAUGGAAGCAGCCUUCGCUGCAAGCAGUAGAUAUCCGGCAGCAUACCGUGUGGUUGUUCGAUAAUACCGCUUAUCUACGCGCGACCCCCGUUGCUAAGGGGCAGAAGGAAUCGUGGCACGCAGAAGUCGUGGCUUGCGUUUUUCGAAGGGACAGCCGGAAGGAUAUGAGUAAGAUCGUUGCCAUGAUUGCGGAUCUCAUUGGCCUCGACGGAGAAAUAGGCACUGAAAGGGAGACACGUCAUCAAAUAGCGCGACGGUUACAACCUUUCCUAUAUCACGUUAUGCCUGCACAUUUGAUGAUGCUCGAGAUUCCUCAACCGAAUAGCACUACACUCAUCCAGCAACUUGGUCCCACAAACAGCAAUGGCAUCAGCAGUCAGGUGGUGAAUAUGGGAGGCCGUCGCAUUGCAGAUGGAAGUAUGGUGCGCUCGUAUCUCCGUGGCUCGAGAGGCAAUGUCGCAAUGCGAACCUACUUCGCUGGUCCGAAAGGUUGGCUCGUGAUAUCGGACAUCGACGAUACGAUCAAGUAUACCAAAACCUCCGAGUCGACUGGAAUUCUUCGAACAACCUUUGUCGAAGAGCCAAGGCCUAUUGCUGGAAUGCCCGAGCUGUAUUCUCACAUGCACAGAGAACUUGCGCCAGCAUGGUUCUAUGUAUCUGCUUCGCCGUACAACCUGUAUCCGUUCUUGCGAACGUUUAUUCAUACGCAUUUCAAUCCUGGGACCCUGAUUCUCAGAGAUUCCUCAUGGCUGGAUGUCAGUGAACUGGUCAAGUCAUUCACAGUAAAUACCAUGGAAUACAAGGUAAAACAAAUCGAGAAAAUUCGACGCCAGUUCCCUCAGCGAGAAGUCAUUUGUAUCGGCGACUCAACACAAAAAGAUCCGGAAGCAUACGCGGAAAUUUAUAAGAGGCACCCGCACUGGAUCCGCGCUAUUUGGAUCAGGAAAGUCACUGAUGUCCCACAUCUAGAAGAUCAAAAUUCUCCAGAGAGGUUCGAGGCAGCUUUUCAGGAUGUUCCCGACCGAGUAUGGAAGGUAUUUGAACAACCUGAAACAGUGUUCGACUUCGUGGGUAAUUUGAACGUUGACACUACCACGCCUUCCUCUCACGAGACGCGUUAACUGCAAGGAUAUAUUAACAAUAACAGGUUUAUCCUGCAUGGUGUGUUGCAACCUUCCGGCGACGUAUAAAAAAGGUUGGUUGCUGAUAUAAGCGGAAGGAGACCCUCGUUACGUCAACAUGAGAUUAUCUGCAGCGAUUUCCCCA